CCAAGUGAAAUCUUGUCUGCUUCAGCAAGAAGGCAGGAGGGUACAUCUCUUAUGCCUUUAAAUGACCUUGGUCAUUUGUAUUUAUGUUACACUCCCUUGAUGUUUUACAGGAUGUCUCUAUGGAUACAGGAAUAAACAGGAGAUAAUAGUCCUACAGUCUUUAAAGCAGCAUUUCAUUCUACAGGCCAAGAGGAGAGAGGAGGUUUAAGGAAGAACAGAAGGCAUCAAGAGACUAAUAAAAUACAAGCCAUGGCUGAAAAUUCUGAUAUCGCGAACUUGGAAGAAAGCUUUCGGAAGUUUGCCAUCUACGGUGACACCAAAGCGACGGGUCAAGAAAUGACCGGGAAAAACUGGGCCAAGCUUUGUAAAGAGUGCAAAGUAAUCGACGGGAAAAACGUUACGGGGACCGACGUGGACAUCGUGUUUACUAAAGUGAAAGCAAAGUCUGCCAGGGUGAUAACCUACGGGGAAUUUCAGAAAGCGCUCGAAGAGCUCUCGCCAAAGCGAUUUAAAGGCAAGAGUAAAGAAGAAGCAUUUGAGGCAGUCUGCAAACUCAUAGCCGGGAAAGAACCUGUCAGCACUGGGGUCACGAAAGCAGCAGCGACCGGAGCAGUGGAACGCCUUACGGACACAUCGAAAUACACAGGGUCCCACAAGGAGCGCUUCGACGAAACCGGAAGGGGCAAAGGCAAGAGCGGACGUGAAAAUAUUGUGGAGAACACCGGAUACGUUGGCGCGUACAAACACGCUGGCACAUACGAUACUAAAGUGAAGAAAUAAGGCGGCAGGGGUUUUGCCCCGCACCAACUCUGCUCCCGGGCAGGUGCCAUUAACCCUUUCAAUGCCAGGGUAGCUGGGCAGGCAUACCUAGCAUUGAUUUGGUUAAUGGCAAUCCUGCAGUCCCAUCUAGCACCAAUGAUAAUGAAGAAACAAUGACUUCUGCCAUAGUCCACAUCUGUAUCCUGCUUCAGCUGGGAGAGCAGCUCAAAGAUGCCAAUGACCAGGCUGUCCCUUCAAGAGCCACGAAGAACCAAAAACAUGGACAAGCUACAGUAUCACACUGGGAAGGAACCGAAAGUUCUAAUACACUGCUGUGUGCAUUUUUUUUUGUUUGAGGGGACAUUAUGACGUGUCAAAAAGCAGCUGCUCUCCCCUUUCCACAACCAGUGACCUCCGGCUGUUCUACAUACCCCUACUUUGGUUGGUAUCGGGAUAACUAAAGCUUCCAAAAGUGAAUAAAAAAAUGCCGAGCCACGAAAAACGCAAAACAAUUUUUUGUUUUGUUGUAAUUGUCAUCAUUUACAUUUAAUAAGUUGUUUACAAUGUCUUUUGUGUUGGUGCUAAGUGGGACUGCAGUUUUAAGCCGUAUUUGCCUCGCUCCAGGGUGCUGCGAGGCUUCUUUCCAUGGCUGGUGAAGACCUAUCACCCGUGAAUUAGGCUGGAGCUGAUCUCCAGAGCACAUGGAAUGUGGCAGAUGGAGGAUUCUGUUAUAAAUACACUGUGGCACUUAUAUCUUGACCUAAAUCCUUAGCUAACUAUGUUGUAUUAUGAAUGGUAUGUUGAACAAAAAAUGAUGUUAACCUUUAUGCUUGUUACUUUUAAUGCGCACAUUUACCAAGCUACUCUAUUUAUCACCGUCGAUGUUCCAGAGGUUCAUUUCCCUUGCAGUCAGGGCUGGGAUGAUACCUAGUAGAACAGGAGCUCGUCUAACCACAACCAUUUGUCUCAUGCGCACCGCAAAAUCAAAUAA